CGUCAUUAUCGCUCCAGCUGGCUGCUUUCUCCAUUCCUCUCGCGCUACUACUAUCCGCGGUAUUCUCUCUCGACUUGGGAGGUAGUGGGUAACUUCCAGUUGCUAUCUGAGUCUCGCAGUCAUGUCGGGUGCGGUGGGCCGUGAGGCAGUCUUCCCGACUCGCCAGUCCCUCGGGUUAAUGAAGGGUAAAUUGAAGGGCGCCGAAACGGGCCACAGUCUGUUGAAGCGCAAAUCCGAAGCCCUUACCAAGCGUUUCCGCGAAAUCACCCGUCGCAUCGAUGAAGCCAAGCAAAAAAUGGGCCGCGUCAUGCAGAUCGCCGCCUUCUCGCUGGCGGAGGUGAGCUACGCCGUUGGCGGGGACAUCGGCUACCAGGUGCAGGAGUCGGCGAAGCAGGCGCGGUUCCGCGUGCGGGCCAAGCAGGAGAACGUCUCGGGUGUGCUGCUGCCGCACUUUGAGAGCUACACCGAGGACUCGAUCAAUGAUUUCGGGCUGACGGGGUUGGGAAAGGGUGGGCAGCAGGUGCAGCGCUGUCGGGAGACGUAUGCGCGGGCUGUCGAGACGUUGGUUGAGUUGGCUAGUCUACAGACGGCUUUUGUGAUUCUGGAUGAGGUGAUUAAAGUUGUUAAUCGCAGAGUGAACGCUAUUGAGCAUGUUAUCAUCCCCCGAACGGAAAACACGAUCAAAUAUAUCAACUCCGAGUUGGAUGAGCUCGACCGAGAGGAGUUCUACCGUCUCAAGAAGGUCUCCGGCAAGAAGCAGCGCGACACCGCCGCCGCCGACGCCGAGAUUCUGGCUGCGCGCCAGAAGGCCAAGGCCGAGGCAGAGGCCGCCGCUGCCGCGGAGCAAGAGGACGGUGCGCCUGCCAAGGAGGAAGACGAGAAAGAAGAAGAAGAAGAAGAAGAAACACCCGAGGCACCGGACGUGCUCGGAGAGCAGGAAGAUGCCGACGUGAUUUUCUAAUCUAGCGCAGCGAUGCCCCUUUGCCCUUGUCAUGUAACUAGUACACUUCUAGCAUGUAGCUGAUAUUCGUCCAUGGUCAUUUGAAUGCGAGUUUGGAGUCCACCAG